CCAAGAAGAAGGAAGUGGGUAAGAGAAAAAGGCCAAUAUUGAUGUGGGAGGUUUGGAAGAAAGAGAAUGAGAAGUGGAUCGAUGCUCAUGAGAAAGGUAAUGCUAAAUCAGACCAAGUAGAUAAGGAAAUGGAUGAAAUUGCUGAGCCUCCCCCAGAUUUGCUGAUUCCCCUGCUUAGGUACCAAAAGGAAUGGCUUGCCUGGGCUUUGAAACAAGAAGAAUCGGAAAUCACAGGAGGAAUCCUAGCAGAUGAGAUGGGAAUGGGUAAGACCAUCCAGGCCAUUGCACUCGUUCUUGCCAAACGGGCAAUCCAUCGAUCGACUUGUGGAUCUAGUGAGCCCUCACCUUCACCCAGCUCAUCCACAGUGUUGCCUGAAACAAAAUGCACUCUCGUUAUUUGCCCCGUGGUUGCAAUGAAGCAGUGGGAGAGUGAGAUAUAUCAGUUCACACCCAAAGGGAGCACCAGGGUAUUAGUAUACCACGGGCCCAAAAGAAAGAAGAGUUCAGAUGAGUUCUUUCAGUACGAUUUUGUCCUGACCACAUAUUCCACAGUCAUGGCAGAGUAUAGAAAUGUGAUCUCAGUGUUGCACUCUGUGAAAUGGGAGCGCAUUAUUUUGGAUGAAGCUCAUUACAUCAAAAGUAGAUAUGGGAGUGCAGCAAAAGCUGUUUUUGCUUUGGAAUCUUCAUAUAAAUGGGCUUUAAGUGGCACUGUGCUUCAGGCUCAUGUUGGAGAACUUUUUUCUCUGGUCCGUUUUCUACAGAUAACACCUUACUCAUAUAUCUUCUGUGAGGAGUGUGAUUGUAAAUCACUAGAGUACAGAAAGUGCAACUGCGGCCAUUUGAGGCAUUUUUUGUGGUGGAAAAGAUAUAUUUCUAAACCUAUACUAGCACCGGGAAACUAUUUCCUCGAAAACAGAAGGCGCAGAAGAGCAAUGAUUCUACUAAAACAUAAACUUUUGAAAAGCAUAGCACUAAGACGCACUAAGAAGGGGAGGGCUGCAGAUAUUUCCCUUCCUGAUAAAAUUGUUCACUUGAGACGAGAUUAUUUUGAUAUUAAAGAAGAAGAUUAUUACAAAUCACUGUAUAAUGAAAGUCAAUCACAAUUUAAUAUAUAUGUUGAAAAUCGAACCAUAUUGAAUAAUUUCAUGCACAUAUUUCAACUCCUUACAAGAUUGCGACAGGCAGCGGAUCAUCCAUACCUUGUGGUUUAUUCCCAAACUGCUGCACUAAAGAACAGAAACACAGGCCUUCCUGAUAAUGGUGAACAAGUCUGUGACAUUUGCCUUGGGGCAGCAGAAGAUCCAGUGGUUACCUCUUGCCAACAUGUCUUCUGUAAGGAUUGUUUGAUAAAUUACUCUGCAGCAAUGGGAGAAGAAGCUUCAUGCCCCUCAUGUAGUAAUAUGCUUACCACUGACUCCACAUCAAAGUUGAGUCCAAGGAAGACUAAACGCUCAAGUAUUCUGGACAGAAUUCGUAUUGAAGAUUUUCAGACUAGCACAAAAAUUGAAGCUUUGAGGGAAGAAAUCUAUGUCAUGAUUCAAAGAGAUGGUUCAGCAAAAGGAGUUGUUUUUAGCCAGUUCACAUCGUUUUUGGAUUUGAUAAGCUACUCUCUGGAGAAGUCUGGAAUAAAUUGUGUUCAAUUAGUGGGCUCCAUGAACCUAACAGCAAGAGAUUCUGCAAUAAAGAAAUUUAAUGAUGAUCCAGGCUGCAAGAUUUUUCUUGUGAGCUUAAAAGCUGGAGGUGUUGCCCUCAAUCUGACAGUAGCAUCUCAUGUUUUCUUAAUGGAUCCCUGGUGGAAUCCAACUGUGGAGUGGCAGGCCAUAGAUCGAAUCCACCGAAUUGGACAGUACAAACCAGUCUGGGUCACACGUUUCAUUAUUGAAAACACAAUUGAAGAGAGAAUUCUGAAGCUGCAGGAGAAGAAGAAGCUCGUGUUUGAAGGGACUGUUGGUGGUUCUCCUGAGGCUCUGGGAAGAUUAACAGCAAAUGACUUGAGAUUUUUGUUUCAUACAUAAGCAAAAGUCAUACCCUCAAAUGGAGUAUGACUUUUGAUAAGAAGGCAUGAAUUGUUUUCAAAUGGAGUAGAGACAUCUUGAUCAAUGAAUUCUCUUCCAUGCAGAUGUUAACACUAACAUUAGAUCAUGCUUUUUGA